UUUUCCUACUCCACCAAUCUGCUAUUACUAUUUUUGCGGUGACUUCUUUUUCCACUCAGUUUAAUACUCUCAAAACAUCUCAAAUAUUUGUUUAAAUUGGCAUCUAAGUAUCAUUUUUUGUGUCACUUUCUUUCCUAAUACUCCUAUUCCUUUUCUAUUUGUUCCCCUUUUAAAUACAAGUACUAAUCCUUCAACAAAUCGAAACAUCAUGGUAGGACAGUUGAGGGCGACAAAACCAAGUCGAAGCGACGAGGUUUUGGACAGCGAGGAACAAGUGAGGAUCACAAAUCAGAUCAAAGCUCAAUUCGAUGCUUUAAAACCUAAACGACCCAUUAAACCCAACAGAAGCGAACCUGAAACUCAAAACCCCGUUGACUCAACACUCUCUUCACACAACAUACCAGAGCUUCAAAAACUUCAAUCUCUUCAAUCUAUUAAUUCUCUCGCUAUACUUUCCUCAGAGAAUUUGGUGGAUCCGCAAGAUGAGUUUGUGGAGACUCACUAUUACAAGGAGUUGUUGUCCAUUGAUAAACAGCAUCAUGCGACGGGAAGUGGGUUUAUAAAAGCGGUGAGAGAAGGUGGUGAAGAUGGAUAUGAGAUUAAGUUACCUGCAAGCUAUGUUGAUGUUGGUGAAAUUCAAUUCAGAGGAUAUAAAAGUAAUCCUGCUACAAAUGACUGGGUUCCCAACCUUGAUCAACAUCUGAUUUUCGUGUCUACGAAGCCGAAUAGGAGCGAGAGCACCUAGAUCUUUGUUUAUUGCUUGGUGUUUGGUGGUACCAUGUUAUGUCUACUGUAAUAAUAAAUAUAAUAAUACAAAGGAGUUUGAUAAUGCAACAAUUUUUGUGAUCCACAA